AUGGACGCCAACCCGACAACCGACCUCGGAUAUGCUGCGAACAUCGUGCUGACUGAGGAGAAGUCUGAAUCUCUACCAGACCCCUUGGAUGAGAGUUUAGAACAAGCCAUAUGCUGCUCCGAGACACAAGACCUCGUGUCUUCGUCUUGGGACAUGCUACAGGAGCACAUUGUCAAUUCACUAGUCAACAUCGAGCAUAUCCAACACAACCCCUUAGCCGAGCAACUAAAGACACUCUCCGCGAAGACGAUCGCAACGAACGGAUUGAGAGUGCUCCGGAAUCUCCUUGAUGGCCAACGCCCAAGAUCAGCAAUUGAUACACUGUGCUUUGUCCAUGUCGUUUAUAGUUUUUCUUUGGUGGUCUAUGAAGAUGACGCCCUGACCCGAUCCGACAAGUUCUUUGCACAAUCACUAGCCUACGCAAGAUACUUCGCUCCCGCUGAUCAGAGCCUCUACAAAGAUGUCGCAAUUGCCAUUUGGCGACCUGAUGGCAUAACCAGAGAACACCUCGCCACCAUUAUGAACCAGUCCGCAGCUCUCGAGAGAACGCCGAGCGUCAAGGGCAAGGAGCGUGAGAUAAGUGGACAGACUAUGGCAUCCGCCAAAGAUGAUGCGCUUGUCUCCGCGGCUCGAAAUUUUUUGGAUGAGCUCGAGGCUUCCGUGAUACUCAGCCUCAAUCCGCAAUUGAAGGAAGUCAAUCAUCGGGUUAUGAAGCGAUCAAUCGGAAGUGUUCGCAGGGUUGAGCUAGAAAUACUCCAAGCUGGAAAGAAUUAUAUGCCUCCAGCAGCAUUCUUCGAUGAUUACGUGCCACAAGUCAGGAGCCUGUGUGAUCCUAUCUACCAGCACCAUGAUAGCGCUGGAGUAUCCAGGCGGAACGAUUACUACGGAUGUGGCAUCGCACUCGUUGAAUCUCUUGUCUCCGAGCUCAGUGCCACCCCAAUUGAACCCAUGGACCUGACAAAUGAUCUUUGCCUGGACGAAUUUUUAACUUCAUUUACUGAUGAACUGGACGAGGAUUUCCUAUCUGAGGAACCGCUUCUGGCAACGCGAGUGGACGAUUCUUUACUAAAGACAAUGAGCGGUCCAUCCAGCACUGGAUCCUCAGUCCAGUCAACCGCAGACACCACACCUGCGACAUCGAGCUCGACUGAAUCAAGUCCAUCAAACGGACAGGCACAGAAAGUUGAGGCGAACUCGUGCUGCGAGAUCUGCGGAUAUCGACCAAAGGGCGCCCCGCAGUGGUUCAAGGGUUCCAUGGCGAAGCACAAGAAGCUGCAACACUCGACGGAUCCGCCAAAGAUCUACAAGUGUCCCUUCCCAGGGUGCAACAGCCAGUACAGGAAUCGCCCGGACAACUUACGGCAGCAUCAGAUUGAGAAGGACCACUUCGUCUCUGGGGACGAGACGGUACGACGACCGAGCAAGAGGAAGAAGAUCGAAUAA